GUCCGAAACAGGAAAAUGUCGCCGCUCGCCCCGCGCGCCUCGCUCCAGACCCUCCUUUGCCCCACUCCGCCCCGCUGCAAGCGCUGCCUAAAUACUUUUCGGCCAUCUUCCACCUUUAUGCCACGACGCACGAGAGGACAUGCGCCGGUCGUGACGUCACCGAGUGAUGCCCAUGCUGCGAAUAGCUCGCCCCCACUCGCUGCUGGCCGCUGCUGGCGCGGCCGCGGCUCUGGCCCGGCCCCAGCCUCCUCUGCUCGCGGGAGCCGGCCUCAGUUUGCCGACGACGACCUCCUGCCGCUGAACACACGGCAGGCUACCGACCUACCGACCCGAGCCGAACGACGCCGCCAUGGAGUACCCGCCGCGCCUGGACGCCGGCUCGCCGCUGCUGCGCCCCCGGCUCGCCUUGCUGGCCGCGCUCCUCGACGACUGGGCGCUCCCCUUCGACGAGCGCCGCGGCCGCCGGGGCAGCGGCCUCACCUUCCCGAAGUGGAUGAUCACGGACGACUUCGACGACGACCGGCCGGUGCUGCGGCGCAGCCGGUCGACCUGGGCCACCUGGCCGUCGAGCAGCGUGGAGGACGACGAGGACGUGCAGGAGGACAGCGGCGAGGGCUCGCUCGUGCCCUGGUGGAGCAGGCGGGCGGUGCGGAGCAGGCCGCGCAGCUGGGCUCCCGGCCGGCCGCGCACCCAGGACGAGCUCCGCGAGGCGCGCCGCCGGUACUUCGAACCCCAACACCGCCGCGAGAGCGAGGACGAGCCCGCGACGCACCGCAGCCCGCAAAGGGUGGCCUUUGAGGAGUUCCGCGACGUCCCGAUCCGCAGCGGAGCGGCACGGAGGAGCAGCCCGCCGGCGAGGACGUCGUUCCUCCGGGAGGUCCCCGUGACCAGGGAGAGAACCGGGAGGGAGGUCCCCGAUCUUAAGGACGACCGAGUCAGCACCGACUUCCCUGCGACCAGAGACGUCCCCGUCAGCAGAGACUGCACCGCCUCCAGGGAUGCGCCCGUCAGCAGAAACAUCCCCAUCAGCCGAGAGGCGCCCGCCAACAAAGAGGCUCACGCCAGAAAAGACAUCCCCGUCACGCGGGAACUACCCGUCAGCAGGGACAUCCCCGUCACCCGGGACUUCACCGCCGUCGGGACAGCUCCCGUCAGCAGAGAUGUCCCCGUCACCCGGGACUUCACCGCCGUCGGGACAGCUCCCGUCAGCAGGGACAUCCCCGUCACCCGGGACUUCACCGCCGUGGGGACCGCUCCCGUCAGCAGGGACGUCCCUACGGCCGACGUCCCCGCACGCGUCAGGAACAUCCCCGUGGAGCGCGAGGUGUCCGACCCCAAAAACCCAGGAAACCCCAGUAUGAAAACAAUGAUUACUUUUGAGGGUAGUUUUCUGCAGUGA